UUUUUUAUAUUUAUAUUUAUUUUUCAAGAAUUUUUCGAGGAUUUCCAAACCCAUAAUUUGUAGUAUUCUUAUAAAAAUAGAUCCUUAUAGACACGCUUUUUUGAUUGGUCACAACUUACGGUGUUACGGUCGAUCUCCCAUUUUUUUUAUAUAAGGCAAGCUGUGAACGGUGGCGUGAUUUCGUUCACAUUUCAUUUUAUUCAUAAAACAUUUCAAAAAAAAAGUUAUUGAAUUAAUUCAAAAUAAUGCCAGUAAAAUUAGGUACAAUUGAUUUAUCAAGACAUGUCAUAAUCCUUACUGGCGCAACUGAUGGCAUCGGUAAAGAAAUGGCAAGGAUUUUAGCUGGAUUUAAUCCAAAACGAUUGAUUUUACCAGCACGUAAUAAAGAAAAAGGAAAUAAUUUAUUAGAAUAUAUUAAAUCUUCAAAUGGAAAUACAAAUAAUGUUGAAAUUUGGGAAUUGGAUUUAGCAGACUUACAAAGCGUAAAAAAUUUUGCAAAUAAGUUCAUUAAUGAAGUUGGAGAAUUGCAUAUUUUAAUUAAUAAUGCGGGUAUUUGGAAUAAUAAAGAAAUCAUUAAAACGAAGGAUAAUUUGGAGUCACAAUUUCAAGUUAACCAUUUAGCACCAUUUUUGCUUACUUUAUUGUUAUUGGAUACAAUAAAAAAAUCAGCUUCAGUUGAAUUACCUGGAAAAAUUGCAUUUACUAGUUCAAGAUCUCAGGGAUAUGGAAAAAUUGAUUUUGAUAAUUUAAAUCUUGAGAAAGGUGCUUACUUUGGUCCUUUUCAUGGUUAUGCAAAUACUAAAUUGAUGAACGUAAUUAUUGCUCAGGAAUUAGGGCGUAUUCUUCAAAACGAAAAUAUUACAACAUAUUCACUUCAUCCUGGUAUAAUUCUAACAAAUAUAUCCAAUGCAAAAGGUGUUUUCAUGGAAUUUGUCGUGAAAAUAGCUACGAAAAUAAUUGGGAUAUCAACUGAACAAGGCGCCAUCAAUACUCUUUAUCCCGUGCUUUCUCCUGAAAAUAAAGAAACAGGAAAAUAUUAUCAUGAAGGUAUUGAAAAGGAACCAAAUGAAAUUGCAAAUGAUCAAGAAGUCGUAAAAAAGCUAUGGGAUAUUUCUGAAAAAAUGUUAAAAGAUCGUGAAAUGAUUUAAGUUCGAUUUUUGGAAAAAAAUUUAUAUGAUAAAUUCAUUUUCUUAUUUUUUUUUUUUUUUUGUAUCUACUGUACAUUACGUAUCGCGGUACGCAAAAUAACUUUUUAUCCGAUAAAUAAAAAAUAAUUUCUAACCGCUUACAAAUCAGAAAGCGG